CUCCCGCUCCAAGAUGGCGUCUUUGCUGCAAUCCGAGCGGGUUCUCUACCUAGUCCAGGGAGAAAAGAAGGUUCGGGCCCCACUCUCGCAGCUUUACUUCUGCCGCUAUUGUAGCGAGCUGCGGUCGCUGGAAUGUGUGUCUCACGAGGUGGAUUCCCAUUAUUGUCCCAGUUGCUUAGAAAAUAUGCCAUCAGCUGAAGCCAAACUGAAAAAGAAUAGAUGCGCCAACUGCUUUGACUGUCCCGGCUGCAUGCAUACCCUCUCAACUCGAGCAACAAGCAUCUCCACACAGCUCCCAGAUGACCCAGCCAAGACCACGAUGAAGAAAGCCUAUUACCUGGCCUGUGGAUUUUGUCGCUGGACGUCUAGAGAUGUGGGCAUGGCAGACAAAUCUGUGGCUAGUGGCGGUUGGCAGGAACCUGAAAAUCCUCAUACACAAAGGAUGAACAAACUGAUUGAAUAUUACCAGCAGCUUGCUCAGAAAGAGAAAGUUGAGCGAGAUCGCAAGAAACUGGCACGACGCCGAAACUAUAUGCCUCUGGCUUUUUCGGACAAAUAUGGUCUUGGAACCAGGCUUCAGCGACCACGAGCUGGUGCAUCCAUCAGUACCCUUGCUGGACUUUCCCUUAAAGAAGGAGAGGACCAGAAAGAGAUAAAGAUUGAGCCAGCUCAGGCUGUAGAUGAAGUGGAACCCCUACCAGAAGACUAUUAUACAAGACCAGUAAAUUUAACAGAGGUGACUACCCUUCAUCAGCGCCUCUUACAGCCAGACUUCCAGCCAGUCUGUGCCUCACAGCUCUAUCCUCGCCACAAGCACCUUCUGAUAAAACGGUCCCUACGCUGCCGGAAAUGUGAACAUAAUUUGAGCAAGCCAGAAUUUAAUCCAACAUCUAUCAAAUUCAAAAUCCAACUGGUUGCUGUCAAUUAUAUCCCAGAAGUGAGAAUCAUGUCAAUUCCCAACCUUCGCUACCUGAAGGAGAGCCAGGUGCUCCUGACUCUAACAAAUCCGGUGGAGAACCUCACCCACGUGACUCUGUUGGAAUGCGAGGAGGGGGACCCUGACAAUAUCAGUAGCACUGCUAAGGUGGUAGUGCCUCCCAAAGAACUCGUUUUAGCGGGCAAGGACGCAGCAGCAGAAUACGAUGAGUUGGCAGAACCCCAGGACUUUCAGGAUGACCCUGACAAUGAAGAAGAAAAUAAAAUAAAAAUUACCCAUUAUCACACCAGAAGAGGUAAACACCAUUAACAUUUUGGUGUUCGUCCUUCCAGAUAUGUCUUCCAUCUUUGGGAUCAUUCUGUAAAUAUAAUUUUUUUGCCAUUGUUUUUCACUUAAAUAUUUUUAUAUCUUUUCAUGUUAAUGAAAGUUUUUCAAGUACCUGAUUUCUAGUGGAUAUGAUAUAGGAUAUAAUAUUCUGUCCCUGUAGAUUAACCAUUGGAUUUGUUCCCACCCUCCCCCUUAGAGUAAUUAAUAGAUUUUACUCUGUCAUACCUAAUAACUGAGAAGUAAAAAAACCAAACCUUUUCCUGAAUAGGGAAUAUAUCAGUCAGGAUUCAGUCUAAAGACAUAAAUUGCAUCAAUUAUUUGAACAGAGGAAAUUUAACACAAAGGAUUGUUAAGUAGGUUAAACAUGUUAAAUGGGUAACUGAAAGGGUAAGAGAGAACUCUAGAGUAUCCCAGAGGUAGCAACUUUAUGAAGCAGCUACCACCGCUAUGCUGAGGGAACAAAGGGAAAUGGUUAGAGUUAUUAAAAUUCAGAAGCUUGAAGGAGGAGCCCCUUAGAGCUGAAACUCAGACCUCUGGGGAUGGUGGAGGGAGCACUGGCAUCUCAAGGUGGCAGAGGAGGGGUGGCAUGGUGAGGCUGAUUAUGCAAGAGUUAGAAAUCUGCAAAUGGAUACUGCCACUUCUGGGGUGAGGAAAUAUUGCUGAAGUGAUGGGCGUAGGAAUUACAAACAAACAGGAAGCUCACAGAGAGGAGCAAGGCCUUACUUCUUCCAGGCUUCCAGUCUCCUGUUAGAGCCGCUAUUGACAGAUCUUGACAGGAACCAGCCCACAAAGCAGAAAUGUGUUUAGCAGAGUUCUAUGUCACAAAGCAGGGUCUAGAAAGGUGGAUUUGGAGUUAAAAGACAUUAGCUUAAUAAACAGGCACAGAGACCAUUUAAGGGUUUUUAGCAGAAUGAUUGACAAUUCCCUCAGCAAGCUGCUGGAGAAAAGAGAGAACCUGGGGAGAGUUGGAAAAAUAAAGAGAAGGUGAGAUUAGUAGAGUGAUACCAAACUUAGAUUAACUUGAGAAAGCACCAGGGCAGGUGCUUUGUUUUGUUUUUAUUCUUUAGAGUCCGAGAUCCCAUCCCCAGAGAUUCUCUUUUAGCAGGUCUAGAAAUCUAAAUUUUUUGAAAAAGCUCCCCAGGUAUUACUGGUUGCUUGGGAAAUUAAGAGUGAGAGAGAACAGCUUACAUUUUACUUUAUACUGUUCUUAACUUUGAAUUUGUUUUCACAUGAAUUUGAUAUAAAUCUAGGGUUUGGUUAGUUAGUACAAUACAAAAUACAUUCUCUGAAAUCCUUGCUUUUUGUGGGUCAUUUCACCACCAUCAGUUGCCGUCAAGUCGAUGCUGACUCAUGGUGACCCCAUGUAUGUCCUUAAAUUAUAUUAAUUAGAUAUACAAGUUUGUUAAGCCAAGGUAAACUUCUGGGAAGAUAUUCCGAUAUAUCAUAAAUUCCAGUCAGGUACAUGAUGGAUUAGUAGAAGAAUUAAUUAUAUUUUACAACAAUGUAUUUUACAGAACUUUAAAGUAUCUGGAAAUUAAUACUACAUAAUACUGUAUAAAUAUGCAAAUGUUUGAUUCCAGUGACUUUUGUUAGAGUAACUGAAUAGCAUUUGGAUAGUCAAUCAAAUUCU